CAUGAAUCCCUCAAACACACAUUCCAAAGGAAAUCUUUCUCCCAAGAAAUUAAAGAGUUGGCAUAAGAAUGUCGAUACUCCAAUCCCUAAUUCUGCUCUCCUUCCUCCUCUCCGCCUCCCACGCGGCGGUCCAGGACUUCUGCGUUGGAGACCUCUCAGGCCCUGAUACCCCCGCGGGCUACACCUGCAAGAAGGUCUCGGCAGUCACCGUGGACGACUUCGUCUUCUCAGGCCUCGGCAUGGCUGGGAACACCUCGAACCUCAUCAAGGCUGCGGUGACCCCAGCAUUCGUAGCCCAGUUCCCUGGCCUGAAUGGGCUCGGCAUCUCAUUGGCCCGCCUGGACUUGGCCACCGGUGGGGUCAUCCCAUUGCACACGCACCCGGCCGCCUCAGAGGUCCUCAUCGUUCUCCAAGGGACAAUCUGUGCCGGGUUCAUCUCGUCAUCAGCAAACAACGUCUACUUGAAGACCCUCAACAAAGGGGAUAGCAUGAUUUUCCCUCAGGGGCUAUUGCACUUCCAAUUGAAUUCGGGUAAAGGUUCAGCACUUGCCAUUGUCAGCUUCAGCAGUCCGAGCCCUGGGCUUCAAAUCCUGGACUUUGCUCUGUUCGCUAAUAAUUUUCCUUCUGAGUUGGUGGAGGCCACCACUUUCCUUGACGAUGCUCAGGUUAAGAAGCUUAAGGGUGUUCUUGGUGGCACUGGCUAAGCGGUUCAUUUCGUUUCAGUAGAUAACCCAUCCAUUAACAAACACCACCUUUUCAAGCCUCUUCAAAAAAAAAAUGAAAAUAAUAAUUCGGCUUAUAUGGUCGCCGUUAAUGGCUUUCUAUGGAUUUUUCUUGUAAGGUUGUACCUCGGUUGGUUUGUGUGUUGCAGUGAGUCGUUCGAGUGGAUAUUGAUCAUUCGUGCUUUUGCUUUCUAA